AUGGGUGAACAAAUGGACUUUAUCUCCGACUUCCUCGCGAAGAACCGAGUGCCCGAAGAGUCUCGCAAAUAUUUUGCGGGAGUCGAAUGGACCAACAAAUAUUUAAACGACCCUGCAUACAAACCGAUUGCCACCUUUUCCCGCGUCCUCAAAGAAUCCGGCGAAGACUUCUUCUUCUCCCGUACCGUCAACAGCCCCUCCACAAUUCCGCACCUGGUCACGUUACAGUUAAAAGUAUGGCCAUCCCCACGCGAGGUGCCUAGGGGACAGUUGAAGGGAAAAGAUACUCAAUCAGCAGUUACAAAAGUACCCGAAAAGCCAGACUGUGUAAUGCUGUUGAGGCUAAGUCGGCCGGGGUUGGAUGGGCAUCCCAAUGUGAUUCACGGCGGGAUGGCCAGUGCCAUUCUUGACGAGAUGAUCGGCCUAUGUCUGAUGCUACACAGUCGCAAUGUCAACGGUCCGCGGGAUUCUCUGUUUACCGCCUAUCUUAAUAUCACCUAUCGUGCGCCGGUACCGACGCCCAGCGACGUUCUGGUCAGGACGUGGUUGAUAGCAAAAGAAGGACGGAAACUGCUGGCCCAUGGCCAGAUAGUUGAUAAAGACGGUUUGGUCAUGACCGAAGCGGAAGGCAUGUGGGUUUUGGCCAAGCGAGAAGAGAAGAUAUAA